AGAGCCACAGAAUAGUUUUUAUCAUAACUGGCUAAUCUUUCCGCUCCAUUUUGAUAACUCAAUACCAUUUAAAAAAUUUUGUUCCUGUGGGCUGUGUUAGAGUUAUAGUGUAUUUACUAUUUAAUAUUUUUCCGCCUCAUGUAAAAUUACAUCUGAAAACCGCCACUGCUAAAAAUUACAUUAUGAUAAGUUAAAUCUGUCAUGAAUUAAAUAUUGUUUGUGUACAAAACAUGUUAUAGAUACAAAUUUGAUAGUUUAGUGAAAUAAACUAGCAGAAAACAUGUCAGAAAAAGAGACCAAAAAAAAAGUUAAAUCCCAAAAGGAUUAUCUAAAAAGAUAUCUUUCUGGUAGAAAGAAGAAAAAAGACAAAACUAAAAUUCAAAAAAGAGUACAAAUUAUUGAUGACAAUAUUGAUUGUGUUGAAAACGAAAAUGAAAAUAACAUUGGAUAUGAUCCAGUUGAUGAGUUUGCACCUCAGAUAGUAGGUGUUAUUGAUGAGAGGCCUAAAGAUAUUAAAACAUUGGACAUGUACAAAAAUAAAAAUCGGUGGAAACGAAUAGGUGGUGAUAGUGACAUUGAAGAAGAUUCUACUAAAAUUGACGUUGAUCAAAUCAACAAUUAUGUACAACAGAUGAAUAAAUCUACUUUAAAUGAUCUAAUAAAAGAGAAAAACGAAGAUUCAAUUGAAAAUGGUAUGCCUAUUAGACGUGACCGAAAAACUGGUAAGAAACGAGAUCUCAAAAGAGAAAGAGAAGAAGAAAAAAAGAAAGAAGAAAUAUUAAAAGAACAUAAAGCAAAAUAUGCUAUAUGGGGAAAAGGUGUAAAACAAGUUAAGGAUGCUCAGGAACAAUACCAGUCUGAUUUACAUGAGAUGCAAAAACCAUUAGCAAGAUAUGCAGACGAUCAAGACCUGGAGAAUUUGUUGAAGUCUAAAAUCAGAGAUGGAGAUCCAAUGCUCGAAUAUAUCACAAAAAAUAAAGGAUCAGGCGAAGAUUCUCCUGAUGGUGUGAGACAUGAAGUAAGAGAAUUUCGAGGGUUUUGUCCACCAAAUAGGUUCGGCAUACGUCCAGGAUUUGCAUGGGAUGGUGUAGACAGAUCAAAUGGUUAUGAACAGAAAUGGCUAUUGCAGCUAAAUUCUCAGAAAGCUGUGGAAGAUGAAGCAUACAAAUGGAGCAUUUCUGACAUGUGAAUUUGUAUAAUCAACAUUAAUUCUAGUUGUUUAUGAUUGGCACCUAUAAUUAUGUUGUAAAAUCAUGUAAUCA